CAGCCCCGCCCUGAGCUCGCCGCGCCAGGGAAGCCCCGGACCCUGGUCCCCACACUACCCGCUGAACAGACAGCGGGGAGACCCGGACGAGGAGAAGAGGGGUUUGCGAGGAAGGAGGUGUUGAGCCGCGCGGAGAUGCUGACUGGGUGAAGGCCUGCAAGAAGGGAGUGUACCAGCUAGAAGUCCAGCGUUGGGAUUUUCCAGAGUGCUAAUUCCAAAGCUUGGAGAGACUGAAUUGCUAUUGCUCACCACUCUACUAUUUUCUAGCACCGAUGGUUUAAAGGCAUCUGAGGCUUCAACAACAAGAUCUUGCUCUCAGCUUGGAACAUCAUGAUGCCCGGUGGUCAGCAGAGCGAAGACAGCAAGCUACGGGGAGAGCAUCUUGCCCAAAGUAGUGCAGGGGACAUCAUGAGUGUGCAGGGUCUCGAGGAUGAGGGGGAAGCAGCAGCCUCCGCUUCCUCUCUAUCCUCUCCCUCCCUUACUGUCAUCGCGUCCACACCAAUAGAAAAGCCUGGGCCUGGGACACCAAGUUGUCCUCAGAAUCCUCAGGGCAUCUCCUCUCCCCCCAGUGCCAUGGCUGCCACUCAAAGGAGCCAGUGCAGUGAGGGCUCGGGCGGGCAAGAGGAGGAGGGUCCAAGUCCCUCGCAGGACAAGGAGGCCCCUCAGAUCAGGCAGGAGUUACCAAAUGACAAGUUGGAUAAAAUGGUGCCAUUCCUGCUCCGCAAGUAUCAACAGAAGGAGCAGAUCACCAUGGAGGAAAUGCUGCACGUUGUGGAUGAUGAUUACCAUGAGCACUUCCCUCUGAUCUUUAGGGAACUCUGUCAGUGCAUGUGUCUGGGCUUUGGCAUUGAGCUGAGGGAAGUGGAUCCCCCUGGCCAGACAUACGAGCUUCUCCCUGUCCUGGGCCUCACUUACAAGGGGAUCCUGGAUGACGAUGUCCAGGUCAUUCCCAAAGGGAACCUCCUGAUAGUCAUCCUGAGUGUAAUCGUCAUAAAGGGCGACCGUGUCAGUGAGGAGGACCUAAGGGAACUGCUG